GUAUCGAAGCCUAGUCGAAUUUAGAGAAUUGAAAUAGAUCACUGCCGUAUAUUUGACACUAAUUUUUAACGGCAUACCAUAUAAGGCGCUGACGUACACAGCGAUAUUGACGAAAGAAAGUUCAAAGGCCUUUGCCACUUGUACUGGAUUGUUUUCCUGGAUCAGUUCACCAGGUUCAAUGACAAUUAUAUCAUUGAAUUAAUAUCGUUAGUCUGCUUAAAUCGUGAGUUAAACAGGCAAUAAAAAGCAAAGAAAACUCCAGCGUGGCGAUUCUGUUCUGGUCGCAUGGUCUGGAAUUAUAUAAUCGAAAGUUGACCUUGACCAUCAUAGCAGCCGCUGGAAGAACAACACAGGUACUGCAUUAUAGGACGUUUCCUUAAUUAACGUCUAACAAGAAACAAGUCGUCAUGAUAUCAAAGGAAUUGUUCUUGUUCGGUCUCAUGUGCUUCACGCUCCUCACAGCGCCCGCGUCGGCCCAAGUAGCCCCCAACGGCUCGGCGGGGACCAUAGAUUUUCGGUACCCGGACGUGAUUGUGAGUCCUCUUGUGCCGUGCCCGUACGUUGGGGUGUUCCCUCACCCCCGAGACUGCCGCUGGUUCUACCGCUGUUACGACACGUACGAAUCCGGGCACUUCUGGCGCGCGUACUUUGAGUGUGGGCCCGGCACGAUGUUUUCCGACACGCUGGACCAGUGCGUGUUCCCGGGCCCUGCCAACAACUGUUUGGUGGAAGCCCCGCAGCCAAGCCACAACUGCAGGACCCAACUCAGCGGCUGCCGCCAGCAAAACGUCUGCGCUCCUUCCGCCGUCGGCUCGUCGUUUGUGUACACAACGGAGAUCUGCUCUCGGGGGCUCCAGAUUUGCCUUGGCGCUCCGAACGUGGAGCUCUGCAGCGCGGGCUACGUCUAUGAUGUGGCUAACAACGAAUGUAUUCAAGAGCAAGACCUCUGUCAGACCACCACGUCCACCCAUCGUCCCGUCAGCGACUUCGGCGUCAAAUGUGAGGACCAAGUCAGGGACUGUCGCGACUACCGCGCCUGUCUGCCUGGCCGUCCUGCGCAGGUGUACAGGCUGUGCUACGUCACGAGGUAUUGCUAUGAUUUGUCCGGUCUCACCAGCAGGACAAAUAAAUGUCCCGAAAAUCAACUCUUCAAUGUGUACGAUGGCAACUGCAUGGCUCCUGUGACACCUGAGAACCAAUGCCCCGGGUCGGACUUGAUCGUCCACGACAAUGUGCAGUGCACCCAAGAAUCAGAGCACUGCAGCGUGUACACCGCAUGUGAAACUUUAGCAAGUUUCCUGGGCUGCACGAGCGACUUCAUGUGCGGCCAAGGCACCCCGAGGAGACGGGUGUGUGAACGCGACGCGGUCUUCGUGCCAAGCUUGAGCAGAUGUGUGGCGGUGCCCACGCAGAGGCAGCUCGGCAGCCUUGACUUGGACGGACAACCAGCAGGUGGCUUCUACUCCCCUUGCAUUCACAUCAACUUCCCCAAUGGGAGUUUCCCUGAUCUUGUGACGCCUGGUCCCGAACCCACGGACUCCUCAACCAUCGCACCAACCCCCGAUACCAUAACCGAAACCAUCCCCGUUACCCCCACAACACCCGCUGAGGUUCCCCCCACUCUCCCCCCGAGCGCUGAUGUCCACGACUACAUCGCGCAGUUCCAAUGCCCCCACGCGGGGCUCGUGCCCAACGCGACUGGGCACAUAGACUUGCAGUGCUCCGACGAAAUUACUUGCAUCCAGCACAACCACGGAAUCGAAACCACACAACGCUGCCGCAAAUAUUUUAUUUGCGACUAUUCACCAUUUUCAAGCGACUUGCAACUCUUCCUCAGAGAAUGUUCCGAGUCGACAUUCUUUUCGUUCCAACUUCAAACCUGCCUUUCUUCCUACUAUUUUCCAGCGACGCCGUGUCGAAACUUUGGAGAAACGACCACUCCAAGAAUUUCAACUGACCCCACAUUGACAAUUGCUCAAUCCACUCCUGCUUCAGAAACUACGGUUACAUCAACGAGUGAACCACUAACGACUGAACCACAAGCGGCUGAACCACCAACAACUGUUCCACCAACAACACCUGCAAACUACUCCAACACGAGCACCAUAUCCACCACUCAUCCAACACCUGCAAACGACUCCAACACGAGCACCAUAUCCGCCACUACUCCAACACCUGCAAACUACUCCAACACGAGCACCAUCUCCGCCACUACUCCAACACCUGUAAACUACCUCAACACGAGCACCAUCUCCACCACUCCUUCUACACCAUCUACUACAAUCGUUGUCUUCCGCCUCCAUCAGCCGUGUUUUCGUAACCAGCAGAUCCCCAAGCUGACCCCUGAAGGGACUCGAGUUCACUGCAAGAACAUUCCGCUGUGUAUUGAAGGAAUAUUUCAGGGAGUUGAGACUCGCUGUACGCAAUACUACACCUGUCGGCUUAACCCAGCAACCAAUACGCUUUAUUCUGAAGCAACGCAAUGUCCUGCAGAGCGAUACUUUGACCCGAAAACUGAGACCUGCAAGCUUCCCACAGGGCAGGUAUGUGGGGAAACGUUCGCUCGCUGGAUAAGUCACAGGAAUAGCCACGAGUUCCUGAGGAAUGACCACGCCACCAUCGAGCGCUUGUAUCAUGAGAUCCUGCAAGACAACACAGCAUCGUCGGGGCCUCAGCUGGCAUCGUCAGGGCCUCAGCUGGCAACGUUGGGGCCUCAGCUGGCACCUUCGGGGCCGCAGCUGGCAUCGUCGGGGCCUCAGCUGGCAUCGCUGUAUCAGCAAGGACAGCUUGUCCGGCAACCGCCAUAUAUCGGAAGUCAAGGCACACGAACAUCAACGAAUCCUAAUUUAUUGCACGCUACCAACCCGUACCUAAAGCAUCAGACAAAUACUAUGCCCCAGAAUUCGAUGAAUUCUUAUUUUCAGCCGCUAGUGAUAUCGGAUUUUAAGCCGCAUACGGCGCAAGGCUCCCAGCCACAAUUAAAUCAAGGAUCCUUCAUACAACUGAGUCCAGAUUUCCAACAACAGGUUAGUAAUAGUUUAUUGCCAGGGACCAAUCAAUACCACCAGCAAGGAUUAAAUCCCUAUAAGCUAAAGAAUAUAAAUCCCUUAGCUCCUCAGCCCCUAAAUUCUUUCAUUGGUCAACAUGAAGUUCGCUAUUACCCACAGCAAGCUACAACAUAUGAGCAAAAGCAAACUGAUUCUACCUUUCAACCAACAGUUUAUCAAAAUUCCCCUCAGCUGGUGAAUAAUAACAAUAAUCGUCAAGUCAUUCCAAAUUUACAGCAACAAGUUGAACCAAAUAUUCAGUAUCAAAUUACUACGAAUUAUCAGCAACAAGUGAACCCAAAUUACAAAGAGCAAAUGAACCCCAACACCCAGUUUCAUGUGAACCCUAAGUUAAACCGCCAUCAGAAUCCCGAACAGCAGUUGAAACCGCAUACUCAGACCCAAUUCCAGGGUCAAUGGACUAAGCCGGAUAUAUUAUCAACAUUGAAAUCUACAGCAAAUGUGCCUUUGGAAAUUGGCCUCCAACCACAAUUUUACGAUUCCAAUUCAGUAGAACCGUCACGUCCUGUGCUCCAAUUGCCAGGUUUCGAAGAGACUCUGAUUCAGCAGGUCCAAGAAGCAGGUUAUGGCUCUCCCGAGUUCAGACAGGCGCGUUCAAAUUCACCAACGCUUUUUGACGCUCAAGUUUUGGGUGAUCGAGGACAUGUGCAAGAAGAUAUCCUUGCGGACCGAGGGUUUGUCAAUCCCCAGCCCUUAGGAUCUAGGGGAGCUGUGACCAGGUUGGUAAACGAAACUGAAAUUGAUUUAGAAAAUCGGGAGGCGCGGAGUCGAAGGAAUGACAAUUUUCUUCUCAAAGAUGCAGGUCAUCAAACGAUUACAUAUUCUGAUGCUCCAGAAUCCAAUAGUCAAAAUUUGUUUGGCUCUAUAAUCAAUUCGGUGAAUUUAGACGUACCGCAGAAGCAGAAUAGUGAUGUCACUCUCAGUCACCACAGUAACCCAGGUAUCACAGAUCACUACACUACGGCGUUUGCUGAUGCUUCACAGUUAAAUGCAGUUCCCGGCCAAGACAAUCAGGUACAACAGUCAUAAUUUCAAUAGAUUCGAACGUCCUUAAGAUUCCAAUCUCUUUUUAGCUACCUGUAGGGUCCUCCUUUAUUGGCAGACGAACGUCAGUUAGACCAGUUCUCUUAUUUUUAAAAUACCCGAACCCUUGUUCUUUCAUGAUAUGUAAUAUUCCUUCUUCAAUGACCCAUGCACUUUAUUCUUUAAUCACCCAUGAACUUAUUCUUCAAUGAACUCUCUUCGUUCUCCUAUUCCUCAAUGAUCUAAUGUCUUAAUUCUUCAGUGAACUACAAUCUUAUUUUUUAAUGACCUUCAAUCUAAUUCUUCAAUGACCCAUGAUCUUCAUUCUUCAAUGAUCUAUGAUUUUCACUUUUUAAUGGCCCAUCUUUAUUUUCUAAUAAUCCGUACUAU